UACAGUUAAUCGCGGUGAUUUGAGCAUAAUGUUGGUGAAAAGGUUCUUUUUCUCUUUGGCCAUCAUCGCACCAAUUGUCGUGGGAUUUCAACCAGAAUUAAAUGAUUUGGCGGAAAAUCCAAACACUGAAUCGGGAGUACAAGUGUCAUCUCGGCUAACCAAUACAACUGAACCCGUUGCCUAUGAACUCUGGCUAAGAACAAAUAUUCACAGAAGGAUUCUAGACUACGAUGGACGAGUUAAGUGUGUUCUACGAGCUCUCGAAGCAACUAAAUACAUUACAAUCAAUUCGGAACUUAUUCAAAUUGAAAAUUUCACAAUGGUUGAUCAUCUCAAUAAUCCUGUUAAAAUAUCCAAUAUGUUUGAGUACAAAAAUGAACGUGUGGUGGUUUUUCAAGUUGAUAAUGACUUGAGAAUUGGUCAAAACUAUAUUCUUGAGAUUUUUUUCUCCGGGGUGCUUCAUAAUUAUCCACGGGGAUUCUGCUAUGCACGCUAUACGGAUGAAUAUGGAAGGGUUGUCUACAUAGCUUCUUCCCAUAUGCACGUUACAAAUGCCAGAAUGGCCUUUCCCUGCUACGAUGAACCACGCUACAGAACUCCCUUCAUUAUCCACCUCGUUCAUCAUUCUUCUAUGACGGCUGCCUCAAAUAUGCCAAUUGCUUUUGUAACAGAUCUCCCAAACAACUUUGUAAUAAGCACCUUUGAGGAAACAGUACCAAUGUCAACGAAUUUACUUGCUUUUUCCGUAUCUAACUAUGUGACAAGGACUGAAACAAUAGAAAGCAAAAGACUCAAUGUUAGCAUAUUAGUUCCGAGACAUCUAAAAGAUGAAGUGGAUUUUGCUCUUGAGUUCUUCAUCACAAUGCUUGAGGAGUUGGAGAAUUUUUUUGGCGUUGGAUAUACUCUUCCAAAAUUUGAUGCUAUAAUUGUCCCAGAUUUUCUUUAUACAGCAAUGGAAAAUUGGGGUUUAAUGACCUUUGAUCCUAAAUAUCUUCUAUUCAAAAGAGAUCAUACAAGUCCCAGUCAGAUGGUAGAAGUAGCCAAAAGCAUUUGCCAUCAUUUGAUUCACAAUUACUUUGGCAAUCUCGUUGGAUUGGAUUGGUGGUCAGACGCAUGGAUGACAGAGGGAUUUUCUAAUUACUACCAAAAUUACUUUACACAAUUUUACCUCAAAGAUUACCCUUUAGAGGAAUUUUUCGUUGUGGAUUACCUACAGAGAAGUUUUGUGGAAGAUUCCUUAAUUAUAGCACCACCUCUAAGUGAAUAUGUGGAAACACAGCAUCAAAUAGAAACACUCUAUGAAUUUGCAACUACAGGAAAAGCAUCAUCCAUUCUUAGAAUGUGUGAUUACUUUCUGGGAAAAGAAACCUUCAGGAAGGGACUGCAGUACUACAUCAAAGACAUGGCUUUUCAAGUAGCACAACCAAAAGAUCUCUACAGAAAUCUUCAGCUUGCAGCUGAUGAAGACAACGCACUACCGGAGGAUAUUAAAAUAGAAAAUAUCUUCAAAACGUGGAUUGAACAACCGGGUUAUCCGUUGUUAACAGUUAUGCGGAACUAUCAAUCAAAUGAAAUUGUUGUGAAUCAACAUAGAUUCCUUUCGGCACGCGAUGAAGAGGAUGUCCGAAGAGAUUCUUGGUACAUACCACUCUCAAUUAGUACAGCUAAGAAUCCCAAUAUGAACAAUACAAGACCCUGGGCUUGGCUUAGAGGAGGAACAAGGGAAAUUGUGUUACAGACUAAGGAAAAUUUAACUUGGACAUCAGAUGAUUGGGUUCUAUUUAAUGUUCAGCAAACGGGAUAUUACCGCGUAAAUUAUGAUCCAAUUAAUUGGAAAUUAUUGGCUGAGGAACUACAUCGAGGAUCUCCCUACAAGAUAGGAACCCUCAAUCGAGCACAACUUAUUGAUGAUGUCUUCAAUUUAGCCUAUUCCGAUGUGGUGUCCUUCACCAUGGCAUUGGAUAUCAUUAAAUACAUUAGAUACGAUGAAGAUUACAUAGUGUGGGUGACUGCCAAUCGGCAUCUACUUAACAUGGCGCGAAAACUCGAUGGCCCUUCGUAUGAAUUAUUCUUUGGGAGAUUCCUACAGCAUCUUACUAAUGAACAUUUCGAGCGUAUGGACGUUUUUCCCCAUACAAGAGGUAGGGAUACCCCAAGAAUUACCUUCUUUCGACCAAUAAUCGUGGAUUUGGCAUGUCGUGCAAAAUUGGGUACUUGCUUAACAGCUACAAGAAUUCAGGUUACCGCAGAGGCACUCACGGGAACGUGCUUGGUGCCAAUGGAACAAGCUGCUACGUACUACUGUCAUGGCUUGAAGAAUGCUGACCAAAAGACUUUUCAGUACUUUUGGAAGAAAUUAAAUAAUAUGACAAGUGAACAUGAAAGAAUGCAACUCACCUACGCCAUUACGUGCUAUCACGAUCCAGAUGUUGUCUAUUCUGUCUUAGUAAGACUUGCUGAUCCCAUAACUGAUCUCAGUUAUACCAAUCUCGAACGAUACCAUUUACUGGCGACAGCUCUUAGGAAUGGUCAUCUCAAGGUUGUCCUUAAAUUCCUGAAGAAUAACUACGAAAACAUUGAAAAGCUCUUCAAUUUUAACAUUCGCAUGGAGCAUGCUCUCAAGGAGAUAGCUUGGUACAUUCAAGAAGAGGAUAUACCAGAAUAUGAAGAAAUCUUGAAGCUAUAUUUCUCCAAUGGAUACAUAUCGGAGAAUCUAAUAAAACGCCUUAGGAUUGAUAUUGAAUAUCACCUGGGGUGGAUAAGGGAGAACAAAGUUAAAAUAGAGAAUUGGAUAAGGGAUUAUUUUGAACCAAUGCCAGCUAAAUCAGCGUGUAUCCACACAUCAAUCUCUCUUGUUUUCUUUAUAAUAAUUUCAUUGCUGUUCUAGCCGUGUUUGCCAACAAAGCAAAACAUGAUAAUAAAGACAUAUCUCUAUCACAUAAUAAUUAUUAAAAAAAAAGUUUUUUCGCAUUA